ACCAAAUUCCCAGCCAAAAGCCCGUUGUUGCUAUUCCAGACGAUCCGACACAGGUCCGGUUUCUCCAGUCUGCCUUCUCUUGCAACCACAAAUUCUUGUUGUUGUUUUUUGUUUUCUUUUUUUUUUAUCUUUUUUUUAUUCAUCGCUAUCCGAUUACGCUGCUUCCCUAACGUUUAUUUUGUUUUCUUUCUUUGCAUCGCCGGCCGACUGAAUUAACGACCGACAAAUCCCGAACAGACGCACCGCUGUCACACCCGAUAAGGCGUUUCCCAACCGACCGACAUUCGACUACGAGAGCCCACCCGACUCGAGAUCUGCGAAUGUUGACUUACUGGCGGUGACGCCACCCGCCUACCGUCACGUCCUAACCGACGGCGACAACCAACAGCACCGAGUGACCCACGGUCCAGCCGGGUCUCUUCCUUUAUUGUAAUCCUAAGAGCCUUAUCGCCCGAUUUUAAACAACCUCAAAUCACACAAAUUCGCCAGAGCGCUCCGCAGCCAUGGCGCCGACAAACUCAAUAAGAGGCGUCGUCAUCGGCUUCAUGUCCGCCUUCGGCAUCGCGGUCUUUCUAGCCAUUCUUAUCGUCCUAUUUUACUGUGCGAAAUUCACGACAAAGGGUCGUAUCUUCCUAGACGGCAUUCGAGGGCCUGGGGAGUACGACGAUGAGCAAGCAUUUGCCAGGGAGGAGGAGGAGGCUCUGGAGACGAUGGAUGAUAUGCAAAGGACGGAAUACCUAAGAGCUAAAGCAUUCAUCGAGGCAAACCCUCCCGAAUCCAUGGACACGCAAAUAUCACUAUCACAGUACCUGGCUAUUCAAGAAAAGGGCGUUUCGGCCUGGGAGUUUGAGCCCGAGUUGGAGAUCGCCAACUGCUUCGUCGAAGCGCGAACAGAGAUCGAGUUCUUUGACUCGGAGUGCUGCGUCUUGAGUAACCUGCCAGUUCCCAAGCAAAACGAAGUUUACUACUGGGAGGCCAAGAUCUACGAAAAGCCAGAAACUACAUUAAUGAGCAUCGGAAUGUCAACAAAGCCAUACCCGUUGUUCAGACUACCAGGCUACCACAAACACUCCAUCGCCUACCUUUCCAACGGAACACGUCGAUACAACCAGCCAUUCAAAGGCACCAACUACGGCCCGAAGUUUGUACAAGGAGACGUCAUCGGUGUGGGAUAUAGGCCGCGUACAGGCGCUAUAUUCUUUACUCGCAACGGCAAAAGGCUUGAGGAUGUUGCGCAGGGUCUUAAAACCCAGAACUUCUUCCCUUCUAUUGGCGCCAAUGGGCCCUGCAUUGUUCACGUCAACUUUGGACAGGCCGGCUUCGUAUUCAUUGAGGCCAACGUCAAGAAGUGGGGUCUGGCGCCCAUGAACGGAUCUCUGGCGCCACCACCCCCCUAUGGUUCGGAGCAGGGGAGCAUUUUGCUAGAGUCUGGCAGGAAGGAUGGGUAUGCGCCGGCCAGAGGCCACUCACAGAGCGUAUCUGUUUUGCCGUACUCGAGACAACAGCAUCCUGUCGACACAAGGCAUGGACGUUCGCGAUCUGGGAACUUCAGGUCCUUGCCACCGACAAGUCCAGGGCCUGUCAGGAGUCCCACCGAUAUAUCUCUGGCCCAUCUGAUUCCAACCGAUGAAGUAGGCGAGCCGAGCAGGAACCCCACUACAUACAGCACUGGAACUUCGUCCUCCUCGGCAGUGCCUGCAGAUCAAUCGUUAACGAGGUCAAACCUGCCGCCGCUUGGCCUUGGCUUGGAUUCUAGCCAGCAUGCGCCGCCACCUGAAUACUCAAGUCCAACAACCUCAGAGACCAGCGGAAGUCGCCGAAAUAGCUUUGAGAGUGAUAAUGCGCCAUUGAUCUCCAUUACAAACAGGAGUCGGGGCGCGUCCUCUGCGACGGUCAGGAGCGGUCGGAGCGGUACGGGCUCUAGACCGCCACACAGCCCGCCAAUUCCUAGCUACAACGAUGCGGUUCGUGAAGGGGCUGGGCGUGACAGGAGUGAUAGCGCCAUGUCAGGGAGAUAGGGGGAAUCUGGGGAGUGAUGCUACCACAUAAGAAUUGGAAAGGAUUCUAUGGGUGCGCACAUGUUUUCUAUGUCUUGGGGAGUCUUGCAUUGCGUAGGGGCAGGCAUCGAGCAGCCGACUAAGAAAGGCUGAAUUCUGAGAGUAUACCCGCACGACUUGUCAAUUGUUUAUUAACACAUCAUCUUAUCUUUGACUGGCUGCUAUUUCUUUUUCUUUUCCUCCUUGAUGAGGUGGGGUUGAUCCGUACUUGGUAUUUCGAAGAUACUGUGGUUUUAAGCACGCAACGAGCAAGCACAGGCGGCUGGGAGGUAAUCCAGUGGCGUAUCCAUGGCACCAGGCGUUUUUUUUAUUUGUCGAGAGUUUUUCUUUUCGUUUUUUUUUGUUUCUUCUGUUGGUGGCUUUCCCCUCUCGUCUCUUUUCCCUCUUUUUUGGCCUAAUUUGACCUAGUCUAGAACUUUACAUACGUAUCUAUCAAACGCGAGGGCACAAACCCAUGACUGCCUUUGAGCGAAUAUAUUUGAAAUUCUUCCAGAUAGAAGCACUAAUAAAGGUUACUAAGCU